AAACUGUUUCCAUAGUAAAACUGUUUCUGGUAGCCACUAGCCGCCUGGUUCAGUUUUCGGUUCGAUAGCAGAGAACUCUGGUGGUAAUUUCCGAAACUUUGUGAAGAAGAAAAGUAAACGAAAAACAAAACACUUGUCUAUGGGUGGGCCCCUGUCCUAGCACCCAAGCCCAAGCACUAGAGCCAGCUAGGAGGAGGAGGAGGAUUGCCCUCACCCCCUGUAACCCUAUCAGAAGUGUGGUGUAAAUGGUCUCCAUGACAUAUCUUUUUAUGUAAUAUUUUAUCUGAUAUGUGUGUGUUCUCAUUUCAAACAUAAUGUCAAUGAAAACAACAGACAAGACAUAAUUUUUUGGACAGGUUUGGUUAUCAAAAUAUUAAACAUGUCCAAUAACGAAAUUGAAAUAGGAGAUACCAGUGUUGAACCAUCACAUUAUAAUGAUUUUGAAGACAAGAUAUCAGAACUAAGUCAAGAUAUACCAUAUGAAGACUUUUUUCAAGGUUAUCUUUUAACCAACCGGCCGUGUAAAAUUAAUAAGUUUGUCACCGAGUUUUGGGAAUGUAGAACCAACUGGCUGACAGGGUCCAAACCAAAUCUGUUCUAUUUUAGGGAAUAUUGUGGAGAUGCUGAGGUCCCUGUUGCGGAUUGCAGAGAAAGAGAGUACAAUUCUCAGAAAAAGAAAAUGUACACAUUGCAUAAAUAUUUAGAUUACCUAGAAGAGUACAUUAGUGAAAGUCACCCAUCAACAAAACCUAAUCUUUAUUUAAAGGAUUGGCAUCUUACUCGAGACUUUCCUAAUUUAGCCGUCUAUCGAGUCCCAAAGUAUUUUGCAUCUGAUUGGUUAAAUGAAUAUUUUACCUCCAGAUCUGAUCUAAAUGAUGACUACAGGUUUGUCUACAUUGGACCAAAGGGAUCAUGGACACCUUUGCAUGCUGAUGUAUUUACCUCAUACAGCUGGUCAGUUAAUGUUGUUGGACGGAAACGCUGGUUACUAUUUCCACCUGGAGAAGAAAUGCACUUAAGAGAUCGAUUUGGAAAUCUUGCAUAUGAUGCCACUGCAGAGGAUAUUUUUGAUAAAACUAAUUACCCAUCUUGUGAUAGACCAGGCAAAUGCUAUGAUGUAAUUCAAGAGGCCGGGGAGGCUAUUUUUGUUCCUUCUGGAUGGCAUCAUCAAGUGUGGAAUCUUGAAGAUACAAUAUCAGUUAACCAUAACUGGGUAAAUGGAUGCAAUAUUAUGCAAAUUUGGCAGGCUCUCAGUUCAUCCUUGUUAGCAGUGCAAAAAGAAGUCAGUGACUGCACGGAUAUGGAUGAUUGGCACUCCCACUGUCAGCUAAUGUUGAGAGCAACACAUGGUCUGAGUUAUGAAGAGUUUUAUGACUUAUUGCAGUGCAUUGCACAGCCAAGGAUAAUGUACAUCAAGGGUGAUUGUCCGGUAAAAAUGUAUGGCAAUUGGAUACUUGGUCAUAAUCAUGCCGUAUGGGAUCUAAAGCAGAUAUCAAAAACGCUGAAACACUUCUUAGUGGAUAAAAAUCUAACUUAUUUACCUUGGGUUGGUACAAAAAAUCCGUUUGGUCUAUUAGAAAAUAUUGACAAUCUUUUAAAAACAACAGGAGUACUUCCAGGACCAUGAGGCCAAUUUUUAAUAAUCAUCAACAUGUAGUAACAAGAGUCACUGGGUCUUUCACAGCAUUAAAAAAAAAAAAAAAACGAAUCUUGAGGUGUUUUCAGUCUUAUUUCACAGCCAUUAUUUAUAUUGGAAAGCUUCCAAUCCCCACAUUAAAAGAAAAAGAGGAUUAAAAAUGUAUGUCACAAAUCGAAGUUUUAAAAUAAAAAUUAGAAAAGGUG